AGGAAAAGAGAGAGAGAAAAGGGGUAAAAAAAAAGAGGUGUGUAUGUGGGAGAGAGAGAAAGUGAGAAUGCUAUUAUUGUUAUUAUGCUGUGUGUGUGUGUGUGUGUGUGUGUGUGUGUGUGUGUGUGUGUUUGCUCUCUCCUUCCUCCAUUCACAUGCUAAUCAGGGCUGUAUAAAUGCAGUCGCGCUCAGAGCAGCACACACUCCUCGUCAACACACACACUUCUCUACAACACACACACACACACACAAACACAAACACACACACAAACACAAACACAAACACAAACAAGUUUCACCCAGAAAUAAAGUUAGAGAGUCAUGACGACGGCGAGUGCGACCCCGAGCGCAGACAGACAGAACAGCAGCAGGGACGAGAGGAAGCUGAGGAAGCCUCUGAUCGAGAGGAAGAGGAGAGAGAGGAUUAAUCACUGCCUGGAGCAGCUCAGAGAGACGGUGGUGGGAGUCUUCGGGCUCGACCAGUCGAAGCUGGAGAAAGCUGAUAUUCUGGAGAUGACAGUUAAACACCUACAGGACAUCCAGAGUAAUAAAGUUACAGAGCCGAUUACGGACCCGGAGGCGCAGCAGCGGUACAGCACCGGCUACAUCCAGUGCAUGCAUGAAGUCCACAACCUGCUGCUGUCCUGCGACUGGAUGGACAAAACGCUCGGCGCUCGUCUCCUCAACCACCUGCUCCGCUCGCUGCCCAAAUCCGCUCCGGCCAAACCCUCACUCACUCACUCCGAGCCGGGAGCACUCGCAGUCAGCGAGGUGGAUGACUCUUCAUCACCGCCCAGGGUGGCUCCGCCUACUCAGACUAAUGACCCUGCCUUACUGGCUAGGCCGCCUCCCACAAAGAGCCCACAUCUGACAACUCUGGAAAUGUGGAGGCCUUGGUAGAACACUGUGUGUGUGUGUGUGUGUGUGUGUCGUAGACCCUCCUCUGCUAUGUAUCUUAUAGAUAUACCUGUUGGUGAGUGUGCGGUCCAGAGUAGCGCCUCUUUCCUGAACCUCGUUACUUCCUGUCUGAAGUAAACUUCCUGUAGCCUGCAUUGUAGAAGGCAGUUAAUCUCCUGUGUUUAUUUAUUUGAGUAACACUGUAAUUUAUUGGAUUAUUAAUCUCCAGAGCUCACUCUCUGACUAAUACUGUAGAGCCCGUGACCUC